UCAACCGCAAUUAGUCAGCCUGUGUCUACCAGUUGACGCGCAAUGGAUUUCAACGGCAAGGUCGUAAUCGUUACCGGCGCCAGCAGCGGAAUCGGUGCGGGUACCGCCAAGUACCUGGCCAAGCUGGGUGCUUCGUUGGUCCUCACGGGCCGGAACGAGGUAUCACUGGCGAAAACUGGCCAAGAUUGCGAGGCCGUCGGAAAGGUGAAGCCGUUGCUGGUGGUUGCCGAUGUGACCAAAGAAGAAGACAACGCCCGAGUUAUCGAUGAAACUGUCAAGAAGUUUGGUAAGCUGGACGUUCUGGUCAACAAUGCAGGGAAGGGAGUUGGCGGAAGCAUCGAAUCUACGAGUAUGAGCCAGUUUGAUGACUGUAUGAACACCAACCUGCGGGGAGUGUUCCACCUGACCCAACUGGCGGUUCCUUAUCUUAUCAAGAGCAAGGGAAACAUCGUGAACGUAUCGAGCGUUGCUGGAACCAGGUCGUUCCCGAAUGUAUUGGCCUAUUGCAUCUCCAAGGCCGCGUUGGACCAGUUUACGAGAUGUGUGGCGUUGGAGUUGGCGCCGAAGGGAGUUCGUGUCAACUCCGUCAAUCCGGCCGUCAUCGUCACCGAGUUCCACAAACGGCUCGGCAUGGAUGAUCCCUCGUACCAGGCCUACCUGAAGCGGUCGGAGGAAACGCACGCCCUCGGUCGGGUGGGAACAACGGCGGAAGUGGCUGCGGCCAUCGCCUUCCUGGCGGCGGACACGGCCACCUUUAUCACGGGCACAAACCUCUGCGUGGACGGGGGCAAGAACGUGAUGUGCCCUCGCUAAGGUCUUGAAGGCUUGAUUGUUAUUAAAGCUCAAAUUGUUACUAUAA